AUGCGCGAGCUGCUGUGCCCGGGCAAGCCGCAGCCACCACGCCCACCGCCAACGGACCAGGCUGCACGCCGUGAGCUGGCCCAUCCAUACCCAUACGCCACAGACGCAGCACUGCCGUUGCCAGAGCCGACAUCGCGUGCCCCGCCGCCGCGUCUGGAGCCGCAUCACCAGCGGCGAUCAUCGCACGGGCCGCUCUCCAAGGACUUUGACGGGCGGCUGCGGGCAGCGUCGAUGCUGCGCAACUCGGCGUACGAGACCGCGGUGGCGGCAGGCGCCGAGCCGGUGGCAGCGAUGGCCACCGAGCCGCCGCCGAUGCGCCGCGCCCGACUGCAGCGUGCGGCGUGGAAGCGGGCCGAUCGCGUCCGUGCCGCCCGCGCUGUUCGCGCCCCGCACGGCCUAAUGCCGCACUGCUUUGAUCCGCACGCAGAGGUUGCCGAGUCGUCGCUGGUGGCGCUCCGCUCCCGCAUUCGCGCCUCGGGCCGUCUUGACGACGUCCUGCACUCUCGCAGGCUCGAGCGCGCCAUGGCGCAUGUCUCUUUUGCCUCGUCGCCGAACCAGUCGUUGGACAACAUCGAGCCGCCGCUCUCGCCGCGAUCGGUGGCAGCGUCCGAUUCGGCGGCGUCGACGUCGCCGGACCACAUCGCCGCGCCGGGCCCGCGCUCGCGCUCCUCGUCCAAGCUCAUCAACACCCGCAAGCAGGCCCAGGAGCGCGACCGCGCCGCCAUCCGCUUUGUCUCGCUCGCUCGCAAAGCCAAGGACGCCGCCCGCCGCGCCGGCAUCCCGCUCGAUCCCGACCUCGACCUCGACAACAUUGCCGCCAUCGACAUCACCUUUGCCGCCGACGACGCCUCGUCUGAAGCCAUCCUCUCCUCCAACCUCUCACCACCUCGCCGCACCAGUCACGCACGCCGGAUCUCGAUCUCACGGCCUGCCACAUCCGGCCUCGCCUCGUCCCAGCCAGCACCAUCAGCGCUCGCUCCCCACGAGACAACGCCGCCGCCGUCGCCUCCACCCGAGCCGACAGCCCGAGCCACUCCAGACCCAUCAGUUGGGCCCGAACCGGAGCCCAAGCCGUCGCCACAAGCCGAGCCAGCAGAUCCAGCUACCCUCCCUCCAGAGGCCUCGCCGCGGCACUACAACCAGCGGCGCAAGAGCUACACACCCUCGUCCCCGGCGCGUAGCUCGUCGCCAGCUCCGGGCACGACCGGUCGAUCGAUUGUCCGGCGCCGUCGGGCCAACUCGAGCCUCGCUGCUCCAUCGCCGCGCGCGCUGGCUGCUCCACCACCAGCGAGACCGGUGGCGGUCAUCGACCGGUCCAUUCCUGUUGUCCGGCGCAACGCGCCGCGGGCUCCGCUCACACCCGAGCCGCAGCCGUACGUCGUCCCGGCCGUCCACCGCGUCUCCGCCGUCCCACAGCUUGAACUUUCGCCGGCUACCGCCGCCUCGAUGCACGUCUCGGUAGACUCGACCGGCCGUCGCGGGCCCGACUACGUCCGAGCGCUCAAGAUCUCAGCACCGACCUCGUCGUCCGCCGACACCACCGCUGGCGACGCUCUCCCAGCCACCAGCGCUGGCCCGGCGCGGAUGGACACCGGGUUCUCCGUCCGCGACUCGAUCGCUCUCGACCUCCCCACCACUCCCAACGGUGCACCCACCGUCCACGCCUCGCCCGAUGGCUUCUUUCAUACCGCCAUUCACCAGCCCGCUUCCCCGCCUGGUCCGUAG